AUGAAGACAUUUAACGUCUUGCAUCUUCUGCUAGUUCAAGUCAUUGUCCUUUUGCCUCUCCUUUGUUUAUCUGAUGACUUUGUUAGCUCUAGAGCUACUUAUUAUGGCAGUCCCGAUUGCAAAGGAAACCCUCGAGGAGCAUGUGGGUAUGGAGAAUUUGGAAGAGAUAUCAAUAAUGGUGAAGUGAGUGGUGUUUCAUCGAGACUAUGGAACAAUGGAACUGGAUGUGGUGCUUGUUACCAGGUGAGGUGCAAAAUACCUCCGCACUGCAACGAGGAAGGAGUAUACGUAGUAGCUACGGACUAUGGAGAGGGACAUGGCACAGACUUCGUUUUUAGCCCAAAGGCUUACGGCCGUAUGGCGCGGCCAGGCACAGAGGAUCAGCUAUAUUCCUUCGGUGUGGUCGACGUUGAGUACCAGAGGGUCCCCUGUAAGUACGAUGGGUACAAUCUGGUGUAUAAGGUCCAUGAGAAAAGCUAUAACCCUCAUUAUCUUGCCGUCCUUAUCUUGUACGUUGGUGGUGUCAACGACAUCCUUGCCGUUGAAGCCUGGCAGGAGGAUUGCAAAGAGUGGCGACGCAUGAGAAGAGUGUUUGGAGCGGUUCACGAUCUGCAAAAUCCACCAAGAGGCACUCUCACUUUGAGGUUUUUAGUAUACGGAAGCGCCGGUAUCAAUUGGAUUCAAUCUCCAAACGCUCUUCCCGCAGACUGGACCGCCGGAGCCACUUACAACUCCAACAUUCUACUUACUUGA